GUUGGCGCGAGUAAACGUUUCCCGCCGAAACUUUCAAAAUUUAAACUUCGGACGCGAUAGAAUAUUUUUUUUUCCGCGCGUGUUUGCGGCCUGUGUUAAUUUUUCUGGAUGUGUUUUGAAUACAAACGCGAGUGGUGUUGUGAAUAAUGUGAUAAACGUUGUGUGGACACAUAGAGUAUUAUACACGGAUUCUUUGUAUUGUUCAUGUUUUACUGAUAUUUUCACGUUAUGGGGAUAUAUCGGUGGAAAAUUGACACAAUUUUGAAAAUGGACCUCCUUACAUGGACGUGUCUAGUGUUAGCAGUUUUCACAUUCGCAACGCCAGCACUAUCCAGCCAGCCUCGCGUGGUCUGUUACUACACAAACUGGUCGGUCUACCGACCUGGUACGGCCAAGUUCAACCCUCAGAACAUCAACCCCUACUUAUGUACACAUCUUGUCUAUGCCUUUGGAGGGUUCACGACAGAAAAUGCACUUAAACCGUUCGAUAAAUACCAGGAUAUUGAAAAAGGUGGCUAUGCCAAGUUCAACGGGUUGAAGACUUACAACAAGAACUUGAAGACCCUCCUGGCCAUCGGGGGGUGGAAUGAGGGCUCCAGCCGGUUCUCCCCCAUGGUGGCGUCCAAGGAAAGGAGGAAGGAGUUCGUCAGGAAUGCCAUCAAGUUUCUCAGACAGAACCACUUUGAUGGCUUGGACCUGGAUUGGGAGUACCCCGCCUCCCGUGACGGGAGCAAACCCAAGGACCGCGAGAACUACGCCAAGCUCGUGAAGGAGUUACGUGAGGAGUUUGAGAAGGAGUCCCAGAAGACCGGCAAACCCAGGCUGCUGCUCACCAUGGCUGUUCCAGCUGGGAUCAGCUAUAUCAAGAAGGGUUUCGACGUGAAGACUUUGAACAAAUACCUCGACUGGAUGAACCUGCUUACCUACGAUUACCAUUCAGCCUUCGAACCAGCGGUGAACCAUCAUGCGCCCCUCUACCCCCUUGAAGAACCGAAUGAGUAUAGUGAUGACAGCGAACUUACUAUUGACUACACCAUAAAAUACUACCUGGAGAACGGCGCGGACCCCCACAAGCUGGUGCUGGGUAUACCCACGUACGGCCGGUCGUACACCCUGUUCAACCCUGACGCGUUCACCAUCGGAGCCCCGGCCGACGGCCCGGGAGAACAGGGGGACGCCACGAGGGAGAAAGGAUACUUGGCUUAUUAUGAGAUCUGCGAAUACCUAAAACCAAAAGAGCGCAAACGCAGCGUUCCCAAAGACGACGAUGACGAUGAUGAUUCCGAUGAAGAAUCCGAGGAAGAAGACGAAGAACCCUGGACUGUGAUGUACCCGAACCCUAAGGCCAUGGGUCCUGUAGCUUAUAAGGGAAACCAGUGGGUCGGUUACGAUGAUAUAGAGAUUGUGAAGAGGAAGGCCGAGUAUGUUGCUGAAAAUGGUCUUGGAGGUAUCAUGUUCUGGUCUAUUGACAAUGACGACUUCCGCGGUACCUGUCACGGCAAGCCUUAUCCCUUGAUCGAAGCCGCCAAGGAAGCUUACAUCGUCAGGAUAGGAGCCACGGACAAUGCUAUAGUGACUGAGAGACCUCAAGCCGCGACCCGCGCUAGUUCCAGGCGAAGAAACCGACCUCGCAGCUCCACCACCACAACCACCACGGCCAAACCUUCGACAGCGGCCAAAACAUUGAGUAGCAAACGGAAGAGUUCCUCGGUUACCAGCACCACUCCAUCGUGGAACAUCAUCACUCCGGAACCCCCCACCACUCCCGACCCAGGAUCAGAUUUCAAGUGCACAGAUGAAGGUUUCUUCCCGCACCCACGCGACUGUAAGAAAUAUUUCUGGUGCCUGGACUCUGGACCCUCAAACCUUGGCAUCGUGGCCCAUCAAUUUACGUGCCCUUCUGGUCUCUUCUUCAACAAGGCCGCCGACUCCUGCGACUUCGCUCGCAACGUCCUCUGCAAGAAGCCCAGCGCCACCACCAAGGCCACCCCCAAGGCCGCCCCCCCCACCACCACCACUACCACUACCACCAGGAAGCCUAUCAAGCUGAGCACCAAGAACUCAGUGCUGUUUAGGACCACUACUACUACUACUACCACUACUACUACUCCCGAGCCAGAGACUGAAGAAGAAUAUGAAGAUGAUGUCCAGGAGGACGCUGCAGAUAUUGAUGCCGAAGAUCCUAAAGUCAUCAAAGAGCUUAUUGAUCUCAUCAAGAAAGUCGGUGGAGUGGAACAGCUGGAGAAGCACCUCAAACUAUCGGAAGGUUCUCUCACCACCGACGGGGCGUCCUCCACCACACCGUCUUCGCUGAACAAGAAGCUGUACAAGGUUCUGGAAAGGACGAGAGGAAAGAGCAAGUUUGGCAACAGCAUAUUAGAAGAAAGUAGCUCACCAGGGAAUAGCCGGCGAGGGCCUCAGAAUGCUGGUCUUACGCCAUCAGCCGACAAAGAUGUGUUGCUGAAGAAAGAUAGACCUCAGUACACCACAAUCAACCGCUCCCGGCAGCCCUCGACGGAACGGCCUGAGGAAGAUGAAGAAGUUGAGGAACCCGCGGUGGAAUCCAGGCCAGCCUCCCCCUCCCGAGCGAGGGUGGUGGAACAGCUAGACGGGACCACAUCCAGAACCCUGCAAUAUGUCAACAUUAGGAGGGCAAGACCAACGUAUAACACUGAUACCGCUGAUGACACUGCUUCUAGAAAUGCAUUAUUCGAACGUGCGGAGCCCUAUGUGGCUGUGGCUGAGACUCCCACAUCUUUGGACAUCGCCAGCGCUAGGAGAGAGAACAUGCCUGAGUACGUCACAAUUCGCAGGCAAAGACCCUCCACUGAAGAGACAACUACAGCACAAUACCGCAAUACGGACCUUGAAGAAGAAUCCCAAGGGACGGCACUCGAAAGAGAGAUCUCUUCCCAACCUCAGUACAAGUCUAUUGUCAGAGCGCGCUCCACCACGCUCUCUCCCGAAGCGCUCGCUACUCCUGAACCCACCACAGUCCUCGCCGUCCAAAUAGCUUCACUCCUAAACUCUCCAAGUUCUACUGAGGCUGAAACUCUUCAGCCCGAGACCGAAGCUCCUCUCACAGAAACCGAACCGACUACUACUACUACGACAACGACUACGACCACAACGACUACGGAAUUACCAACAACUGCAUCUUCGAGUACACCUUCACGUCCAACAGGCUUCAGGCGACGAGGUUCUACAACAGCAACACCGUAUACGACUAGCCAGGGACUGAAAGACCGCCGCACCAACUUCCUGCGCCGGACAAAAUCCACCACUGCCCCGGACACAACGGACACAGAAACAGACAAACAAACAAUCGAGACGACCACGGCCAAAUACCGCCGCGGGGCAUCCCGGUUCAAGUCCCGUAAGGAGAAAGAAAAUGCGCGAGAGACGCCAUCUUUGAACGACGCGCGGCGCGCUGAGCUGCCCAAGCGCAACUAUUUGCGCCGCAAGGCUGGUGGGGACGGGCCCUCACCAUCAGCACCAACUCCAAGCACAGCGUCAUCAACCCUGGCCUCUUUGGCCUCCCGCCGUCCCUUCAGGGUGUCCAGUAGAAGACGACACCUGACCAACGGCACGAGUUCAACGACCUCCGCCCCAACCUCCUCGACCCCCUCGGGGGAGGACAGUGAGGAGGACUUCCUUCAGGACGUUGAAGAUUACGAUUAUGAAGACCACGACAUCAGAGCUCGACUGGGCGGUCCAAAAGCGCCUAAAAUCCAGAGGCGACCACUAAUUUCACUCAAAGAUGAAGACCAGAACCCCUCUGCUACCAACGAAGAGAACAAGAGACAGAGCAAGAAGUACAGCUCCACCUUCAAGAAGAAUCAGCUCGCGCAGACUUUGAAAGAUCGGGAUCGUGGUGAGGAAUAUACAACGGAGAAGAAAGUCGCAACUUCGGCUGUUAGUGAAGAUUUCACGGCAGAAACAGCAGUAGCUAUAGCAGCCCACCAGCUCCUUUCAGCACCAAUACCCAUCAUCCCAAACUACGACGACGACACGAAACCAGCGAGAAAAUCAACCACGUCACCCAAAACGAUAUCCGAAUACGAAUUCACCAGUCCCCAAUACACGGAGACUUACAUCGAUAGCCAGAAAACAUACGAAGAUAAAACCACUGUCGUCCCCAGCCAAGUCUACGCUAUCAGCUCAACAGGUCCAGACUACAUUUUACCGACAGACAUCAACACCCUCAAAACCACAAUCUUUGCCGCACCCAAAACCACGUUCAGCACAAUCACAACCAAAAUACCCCAGCCAUUGGUCUCGGAACCUACUAUCACACAUGUAGGACUCACCGGCACUCGGUAUCCAUUAGCGAAAGACAAUAUAGAUUACACAACUAAAGAAUCAACAGCAGAGUUCGCUGGAGCAUCGAAUUCGGAAACACCAUCCAAGCUAACAUACCCAGAAAUUCCACCAACAACUUUCGCAAAUUCAUUCAGUAUUUUACCUAGAGAAUCGUACACUAGAGAUUUCACGACCAAAAAUGCAGCUUCCCUAGAAGUAACAGGACCUACGGCUUCAAAUUCAGAAAUACCAUCCAAAGUAACGUACCCAGAAGUGCCUACCACGAGUUUUAUACCCAAGUCCACAUUCAGAACAUCAUUCCCAGUCAAAGAGUCUAAACCUACAGGAUUCUCGUUACCAGAUUUUAGAAGCACAACAUUUACAGCCAAAUCUUCUUUCACUCCUUCAUCGAGACCUCUAAAUUCAAGAGUGUCAGGGUCGACAGUACCUACUGGGAGGUUUUCAGAAUCUAGUCCGAAAUUAAUACCCGUACCUGUUGAAGACUAUGCCUUCACCACUGAUGGGUAUACAGGGUUGAGUCGAGAACCGGUACAUUUUACAAGAGAAUAUUUGUUGGAAUCACCCGUCACAAAAGCUUACGAUGACGAAUACCAAUACAUAAUACCUCCCACAACACCACAACCAAGGAAAAUAGCGAGGAAGAAGGUUCAUAGGAAGAUUUCAACUACUUUAAAACCGACUACGGAGGUUUAUGUUCCCGUGGUGACCACGGCGAAGCCACGGCGAGUGUCGACGGUGAAACCUUUCGAAAAGGUCCAGAAGACUGCCCCAAACAGGACGUAUAGACCAAUACUGAAUUAUGACUACUAUGACGAUAGCGCAGAGAAAGUUGCCGAGAAAUAUGCUGAGGGGACCAAGGUUGUGUUACAUGCUAAAGGUAACAUCGAAUGCUUAGACAUCGGGAACUUCCCCCACCCGACGUCCUGUAAGAAGUUCAUCUCUUGCGCGCGCAUGGAGAGCGGAGCCCUAGUGGGCUGGGAGUACGUCUGUCCUAAAGGUCUUAGCUUCGAUCCCGUUGGAGGCAUCUGUAAUUGGUCCGCUGGACUCGGCUGUGUUGAGAAAGAAGCUUGAGAGAGUAAAGGCUUUAGUAUUGAUAGCAUUUGCGACACGACGCGACGCGAUAGUUAUUCGAAUGCAAAACUUAGGUACGCUUGUAACAGCGCGACAUUAUUUUAGAGUUAGUUUCGUUGGCUAUGCAUUUUCGAUUACUCAUUUUUUCAACGCGUCGUGUAGCAACUAAGUGCAGUUUUAAACAUUUAAAAUUGAGCUUGAGUGGCUAAGACGAAGAUCAAUAUUUGACAGUAUCAGAUUCAAACU